AUGGCACCCAAUGGAGAGUGUUUGCCUAGUUCAUUCUCUAGGAGCAGCAACAACAACAUAUGCAAACCUCCAAGGCUGUCAUCUGAUCAUAUUCAAAGAACAAUCUCAGACAUCUCGUUUGAGCUAACCAAGGAGGGGAUUGAUUUGUCACUUCCACCUAUAACUGAGGUUAUGGAUGCCAAGUGUGAGUGCUGUGGAAUGUGCGAGGAGUUUACUCCUGAGUACAUAGAGCGUGUGCGUGAAAAGUUCUUGGGGAAGUGGGUGUGUGGUUUGUGUGGUGAGGCAGUGAAGGAAGAGUUGGAGAAGAAUGGUGGGAAGAAGGAAGAGGCAUUGAGUUCACACAUGAGUGCAUGUGUGAGGUUCAACAAAUAUGGGAGGGCUUUCCCGGUUCUGUUCCAAGCUGAGGCCAUGAAGGAGAUGCUCAAAAAGAACAAAAUGGAAGGGAGAAGGACCAUGUCCUUCAACCCAAGGGAGAAAGGAGGCCAAAACAAAGGAGGGAUUGCAAGGAGUUCAAGCUGCAUUCCUGCUAUCACAAGAGAGAUGAAUGGUCUCACAAUGGCCAAUUAA